UCCACCAAGGCGGCCUUCAGGUUAAUGCAGCGAGUAGGGGCUGAGCCCGGGCGCCCCCCCAAUACAGCCUCCUGGUUUGAAGACUCGCAGACGACAUACCGGCAUCAUGCCGCCUAUCUGAACCGUCUGAGGAAACUCCGCCAGGACCUGAUCGAUCAUGAACACAACAAACUCGCCAAGGCCCUUGAAAGAUUUCAGACUAGAGACUCUAGCAGUACUUUCUAUCUUAGUCAGCGCAUUCCCGGAAGAGCCGCGCACAAACGCACUUCCGGCCCGAUCUUAUCGAACGCUUCCGAGAGGUUCCGAAGAUCGAAAAAGACCAGUGAUGCGCCAGACCUUGAAACGAUUCAAGGCAAGCAACUGUUAGAGUCACAAGGGGAUAAGGAGCACGAAGAAGUUCAGGUACCCCAGCCCUUGGACAAAAACGAAAUCGACAGGACAGUAAGGGAAAAUCUGAAGAGGCUUUUACAACCAAAGCCGUCAUGUAGUAUUCCGACAAUCGGCCGACGCAAUUAUACACAUAGCUAUAGUACAGAAAAAGAAAAUUCUGCUGAAAUCAACGGCGCGCAGCUUUCUCCGCGGAGUAUGAGUGUGCGGCGUUCACAAACGCAUCACAAAUUUCCGCUCUCAACUGGCAUACGCAAUGGCAAGAAACAGCUGAUACGACCGGACUCAGACGAACUUGACCUUUCCCCCUCGACCUUCAAGUUUGAAAGAUUGAAAAAAGAGGGGUCUUUCUCACGGGGUUAUGUCCAGCCUGAAAAAGGAGUCUAUAACGUGUUUUAUGUUCCUUGUUCCCCGGAUCCAGCGGGCAGACAGUUUCAAGACGAAGAAUAUAGAGAGACCGUCGGAAACGAAGAAAAUGUUGAAAGUGAUUCUUUCAAAAAUGACUGUAAGUCAAGAUUUCCUUCUAUACCCGGUAAAGGGUCACCGCGCAAGCGCAUUGUUGUAGACAUGCCGGAUAUCGUACUGUACCCAGCCACGCCAGAUGUGGAGCUGAAUUCUGCUGACAAGGGCGGGCAACUCGCGAAAACUCUGAAACAAAAUCAGCUUCGACAAAGGGAAAUCGCAAAUCUUCUUGAGGACGUCAAAGAAAUAAGUGAUAGGACUGAAGCAUUGGAAAGUAACUUUUCUAAUAGAGGAUCUUAGUUUACCCUAGAAAUGUUAAAGUUAAUUUAUAAUAAUCAUUUGCGAACACUUCAUUCCACUUUCCGUUAGCUCAGCAAUGACUUUCUAACCUGGAAUGAGCAGUAUAUUAUUUUAUUUGAGGAAAUUGUUUAAAUGCUUGCUAAGCUUUACAUGAAUACAUUACCUUUAUGAAAAUGUUGAGGAAAUUGUGCACUGCCAUGAAACUCUCUUUGUCUCGUGUUACGUGGCUUCCAGCGGGGAGCCCUUUAACUGACCAAUUAAUAAAAGUUUAAAU